AUGCAGGAGGUAGAGAAGAUUCUGAUAGUACUUCACUGCAAAGAUGAGCAGAGGGUUCUAUACGCUACGUAUAAACUGGUAGGGGAGGCCGAGAGAUUGUGGACGACCACUAGGUUGUUGAAGGAGCAGAGGACGAUUACAGUGUCAAUGACCUGGGCCAGAUUCAGUGACGUGUUCUUUGACAGAUACUAUCCUGCCUCAGUUAUAGAGGCUCGAGUACAAGAGUUCCUGAGCUUGUCCCAGGGAUCAUUGAUUGUUCAGCAGUACGCGGCAAAAUUCAUCAAGCUUUCUUGUUUCUACCCUUAUAUCGUUCCAGAUGAAGUUAAGAAGGCUAGAAUGUUUGAGAGAAAGCUAAGGCAUGAUAUCUACAGACAGUUGGCGGUAUUAAGGAUACAGGAUUUUUUAGAACUAGUUGAUCAAGCUAUUAUAGUAGAGGAGAGUUUGCCGAGGGAGGCUGAGAUAUAG